AGCAGCUUGAGACUCCAUUAAGAUGGGGAACGCCGUGAACAAGCACAUCCAGACUGCCGAGAAGACUGGGGUCUGUGGACUAGUCGGCAUGAGACUUGAUGAGAAACUCUUCCAGAAGAGUUCUUCCACCUGAAAAAGUUGGAGACGCUUUCGCUAGAAAACAACAGAAUCCAGAGACUUCCGACAUCAGUGGAGAAACUGAUCAACCUGAAAUCACUAUCCCUGGCAGGGAACAAAGUGGACAGCUUUCCGCUCGCACUGUGUAAGCUCAGACACCUGGAUGCACUGGACCUCUCCCGAAAUUCCCUGACUGAAAUUCCUGAUGGGGUCGGUGACCUACAGGUCAUUGAACUCAAUCUCAACCAAAACCAGAUCAAUAAUCUGACAGAUGCGUUGGCCACCUGUCCACGGCUGAAGGUACUGCGAGUGGAGGAGAACUGCCUGCAGCUGUCCACCAUCUCUCCAAAGAUCCUGGGGGACUCCAAGGUGUCUGUCCUGGCCUUAGAGGGAAACCUGUUUGAAGUUAAGGACCUGAGAGAGUUGGAGGGUUAUGAGAAGUACAUGGACCGGUUCACGGCGACAAGGAAGAAAUUUGACUGAGGACAGACUUAUCUAGAAAAUGUGCGGAAUGUAGCUGUUGAUCAAACAGAGCAAGCACAGGGGAAAUAGUUCAUCUCAUAUAUCUUAGAAUGAUGGGAAGUUGUACAGGUUGAUAUGAAAAUGAGUAAUUUUAUGAUGAUAAAAUUACAUUUAAUGAGUAAGUUAUGUUUCGAUGCCAAAUUAUAUCCCAGGAAUGUAUAUGAUUUUCAGUUACCAGCCGUACAAUAUGUAUAUCUUAUCACGCCCACCCAAUAACAAUAAUAACAUAAUAUACUGGCAGAGAAAGUUUCCUGUCACUGUACAAUGAAAGUACUGAUUAAUUGGAGACUUAGAAAAGGAGAACGUAUCAGCAUCACAUCACUUUUAUCAGCUUGUAAUAGGUUAUUGACUUUGUUUUAGUAUGUCACUGACAGUCAAAACCAGUGUUGCAGGCCAGUAUGUAUAUGUACAUGCUUACCAGGUAUUCUAAAAUAGUACUGCAUUCAAACUUUUUCUAGUUAGACUUAAUACAAUCAUUAAACUAAGUGUUUUGUUCUUUUACAUAUCUAGGUGUGCAAUCAUUUUUUUCUUUGUUUUUUUUUUAUUGAUUUGAUACUAGACUACAAAAUGCAAACAUCACUUCAGAUAUAAAUUCUGCCAGCUGUGGCCAGAAGUACUAGUGUAUCAUGGAUGAAAACUGUCAAACAUAUUUGUCUAACAUAGAUGUUGAAAGUACUGUAUCAUUAAAAAUGUUAACAAUAUCUUUUUAAUGAUGAUUCUGUAUUUUGGGGUUUGUUAGCAAGUUCUUCUUUACAUUUCAAGUUCUUCUUCACAGAGGUGUGGUAGCAAGUUCUUCUUUGCAUUUAUAGUUAACGUUAGUUCACCUUUAUCCGUAGGAUAACCUAUAUCUGUUGUAUAAAAAUAGGGUAUUUGGGGAUCAUUAAGUCGAUGGAAGGUAGUUUUACAUUGCAAUAUUUUGAAAAUGUUGACAUUUGAAACCCACUUUGACCUACAUACAUACAUACAUACAUAUUCAUGUUGACCUGAAAUCUCUAAAUACCCAUUUUUUUAAACAAUGAAUCUAGGUCACCCCACGGAUUAAGGUGCACUAGUGUUAUAAAUUGUAGCUGUUCUGAUGUAUUUGCAAAAUUUUGUAUUUUUGCAAUGAUGCACCACUAUAUUAUACCAGGUUAAAAACAAUAUACUA